AUGACACACCCCUCCGAAGAUGAACUGCAAGCGCCACGCAAAACAGGCUUGACGCCUCCGCUUCAAGGUGAAACACAAGUAUCCUCUGCCGGGGAAAGCGCCCUUUCGGGGGCGUUGGAGGGACUGCUCUCUGUGAGUUACCUUCGGCAACACGCACAAGAGGUGUACGAUGCCGCGACGUCUGACCCUGCCUCUCCGGCAUCCCUCUUGGCAGCCAUGGACGACAGCCUCACGGUGCCUCUGUCGUAUUUGCUGCGCCUCCCGGCUGUGCGGGACGCCGUACCAAGCGGAUUGAAUAACGAGAGGACGGCAAACCUCUUCGCAGCCGCCACGCGCAGGUCAGAAAAAAUAGUGCUGCGCAGCACGCUGAAGGAAUUGCGAGUCGGCCCCUUCCCCCAGGCCUUCUCCCGUUCUCGCUGCACACUGCACGUCCAAGGCGUGAGCAGCACGCUGACUUUGUCAGACGUUCAGGCCGUGAUUCCACGGCACCCCAUUUUUCACUUCUACCGUCUCUCUCAGGAUACUGUAAAUGUUACCUUUGAAAAUGCCCGGAGCGCAAAAGAAGCGUUUGUGUUGCUGCAAGGGAGGACCUUUGGCGGAUGCAACGCGGUGCAGGUAAAAAUGCGUAUGGAAAGCGAAAAACACCCGCAACUUCUUUCCCAACGACGCACUUCCAGGAUGGGCGCAACCUCAGCAGCAUCAACAGCUACUAAUGCAAAUGCCACUGCUACUAACUCCGUUUCACCUGUGGUGCCAAUUGACGCAUUUUUACCAUUUUCCAAGACGGAGGAGGAUUCUUUUGCUUGGUCACCGUGGAAAAAACCACACAAGUGUGAGCUGUUGCCUCAGCCAUAUUCUUCACUGCCGCAGCAGCAACAGCAGCAUGCGGACAUGCAUCCACCUGCUGGGAGACGACGCAUGCUUAAUAAUGACCCCAUGAAAGGGGUGAUUCCAGAGUAUGCCCCUUCCAAUAUGAAUUUCAUGACGAUGCCGAGGUAUAUGUGGAAUUAUGCCGCCACUGCUGCUAAUGGGAACGACGCCUACCAACGACAGUGGGAUGAGCAUGAUUCUUUCUCAAGAAGCAACAAGGCGUUUGCUUCUUCGAGCAGUGGGACGGGAAUGCGGCCCUCCGUCUUGACACCCCCGUGCCCGGUGGGCAACGACUACCCGAGCGCCGGGGAUGGCGCGUGGUUGCCGUGCGGCUCGCGUCCAGACCCCGAAUUCAUGGGGUGUCAUGCUUCCUACGCAUUUGACGUACCAACCACCGUAAACGGCGACAGUUACGCGAAUGCGCCGAUGGAGCCCGCACAGCACCCCAGCAGCGGGGCGGGGUGGGAACCACGCAGGCGUCGUGUCCAGCGGGAUCCAUACAAGGGGGGUAUUUUAGUCGAUAGCCCCGAGGUAAACAAUGACGCCUUAACUGUUUGCGUAUCACCGGGAUCCAUUGUAAACUACAAGCCGCGGCGCGUUGAUUACCGCAUUCUUUCCCCGCGCGCGUUCCAUCCUUCGUCGUCAGUAGAAUCUACUGAUCGACCGAAAGUGGUGUCAUCCGCGACGGACGACGAGUCCCCCACCCAACUUACCCCCUACGAAACAAGCAGUCAGACGCAGAGUGAAGCCGACAGCACUGGGCCACGGCAGAUAUCAUGCGGAGGGAGCUGA